ACAUUUCAUCACAACCCCAUUACUAUUUCAUACCACAACUCUUCAACAAUGGCCAAGCUCUCAGCCGUCGCAGCUCUCCUUGCAGCCCUUUUGCUCAUUGUCCACGCCACAGCCUACCGCCGCGAGUCUGACGGGAGCUGCAGCCAGCAACUUCAGCAAAAACAGUUCCUCAACCAUUGCCAGAUGCACCUGAGGUUGCAAUGCCAGUCAGGGCGUUUUGACAGCAAUACUUCUGACGAAAGCCAGCAUUUUCAGCUGUGUUGCCGUCAGCUGACGCAGAUGGACAGAGGGUGCCGAUGUGAUGGGUUGAACAUGAUGAUGAGGGAGCUGAUGAGAGAAGAACAAGGUCAGCAGGAAAUCCAAGAGAUGAUGCAGAUGGCUCAGAACUUGCCAAAUCAAUGCAACAUGAAGCCCCGCCGCUGUGAAAUGGAAAUGCUUUCGUUCCGGUACUAGAGAGCUAGCCAUGCAUGCAUUCAUGGAUGUGUACCUACAGUAAUAGGGUCACUCGUAGCUCUAGCAUUGUAGCUAGAGAUAAAGGGCGAUUACUGACUAGCAAAAAUAAAGCACAUCAUCGUGUGCAAAUGUAAUGUAAUUAGCUCUCUCUUCAAUAAAACUAAUGCUGUCUU